UGUGUUGGAAAAUGUCCAAAUUUGAUCUGCAGUUCAGAGUUCUCUUCUUUGACAUGAAGAAUGGUGCCACAUAAUUCCACACAUUAUAAGUCUAGUGCAAUGGAGAAGUUGAUGCACAAUGAGACUGCGCAAACUCGGAACUAGAUGGUCUAGGUCGAUUACCUUUGAAUGAGUAGAAUUUGUAUAAAUUUUCAAUUGUAUAUCGAUCAAAACAUAAACUGGCCACUGGCGGUGAUGGCCGUCGCGGACGUGCAUGAGUUCCUCCUCUCCACCAUCGCGCUUGCGUAGGAGAGGAAGCAAUUGAGAGAGGCACACAUGGUAGAUUGAGAUAGACAGCAUGAGUGGUUUGGUGGGGUAUUUCUAUUGGAUUUUUGAAAAUUCAAAUGUAUUCUUUUUAUCAAUUCAUGCAUCCAUUUUAAGAACCGAUUGAAGUAGCAUGAUACUCACAACUAAUUCAACAAAACGAGACUGAAUAUGCAUUUUUUUUAUUUUUUAGAUCAAUGUUUUCAAACAACUAGUUAUUUUAAAAUAUUGAACCAUAUUUUUUACAAUGUACACCUAGAUUUUGUAAAUGUGUUGAUAGGUGCAAGGUUAAUCAUUUUUUUGAUUGUAUCAUUUCAACAAUUGGGAUUUACAAUGUCAACAUUUUGACAUUACAAUUUCAACAUUUUGAAUAUGAAAUGUUGAACAUAUGUUAAAAAUUGUUGAGAUAUUCUCCAUAAAUGUUGAAUUAAGCACUUAAUUGUUUUUGAAAGGUAAACAUUAUGAAAUAUGAAUUACUGAAAGUAUUAGGGAAAUGUGUGCAAAAGAGAGAUGGACUAAAAAGAAGAAAGUAAGCCUAGGCUGGCCUUUCUCGCGCGCUGGGCCAAACUGGGCCUUCUACUCCUGCUUGCGGUGCUGGCUGGGCUGCUCGACGUGGAACCAAAGAACAUCCGGCAUUCCGGCGGCUCUUUCUUUCCUCUCACACGCCUUAUCUGUCUGUCGGCCUUCUUCUCUCCUAGCGGCGACGACAGACACGGCGAGUGGCGCCGCCCUUGUCCUUCGUCAGGAGCUUCGCCGGCCGACAAGGGUUUUGACUGGCACAAUAGAUUGCGAUUCACGGAAGGCGCAUUGGCCACAAUGGCUCUAAUGCUCCUCCGAGGGAUGAGUACACCGAUCUCAUUUAGAUCAAGUACAGGUUUAUUCUUUACUGUUCUACGACCUCGAUUGGCCCGCUUCACAACCAGGGUGGAGAGUGCACAAGCAACUGAGGCCAAAGCAGCAGCCAAAUCAAUUCAACUGGCGACCAAGGAGGCGUCCGAGCAGAAGUUACAAGGGUUUGAAGCGAUCAUUGGAAUUGAGACCCAUGUCCAACUCUCGACUGUCACAAAAGCAUUUUGUUCUUGCCCGUACAACUAUGGCUCCCAGCCCAAUAGCACUAUCUGCCCCACCUGCAUGGGCCACCCAGGGACGCUGCCAGUUCUGAAUGAGAAGGUCGUUGAGUGUGCCGUGAAGUUGGGCCUUGCUCUCAACUGUGAGAUCUCAAUGACAUCCAAGUUUGAUCGGAAGCAAUAUUUCUACCCAGACCUCCCCAAGGGGUACCAGAUUUCCCAGUUUGACAUUCCAAUUGCCAAGAAGGGCUACGUUGAUUUGGAUCUUCCAGUGGAAUUUGGUGGUGGACAUAGGAAGUUUGGGAUCACAAGGGUUCACAUGGAAGAAGAUGCUGGCAAGCUGCUUCAUUCUGAAUCCGGCAGUUACUCGCAGGUUGACCUAAACAGGGCUGGUGUACCUUUGCUUGAAAUUGUCUCGGAGCCAGACAUGAGAACAGGGAUAGAGGCUGCUGAAUAUGGUGCUGAGCUGCAAAGGAUUGUUAGGUACCUCGGAGUGAGUAAUGGUAAUAUGCAGGAAGGUUCCCUUCGUUGUGAUGUGAAUGUUUCUGUCCGACCUGUUGGACAGUCAGAAUUCGGUACAAAGGUAGAAAUAAAGAAUAUGAACUCAUUUUCUGAGAUCAAUAGGGCAAUCGAUUAUGAGAUCUCCCGACAAAUCCUGCUCCAUAAAGAAGGCCAGGCUGAUCAAAUUGUGCAAGAAACCCGUUUAUGGGAUGAAUCUUCUCAGAAAACUUUCACAAUGCGAAAAAAGGAGGGACUUGCCGACUACAGAUAUUUUCCUGAGCCCGAUCUUCCCGAAGUUGUUCUCACUACUGACUAUAUUGAUGAAAUCAGCAAGUCCAUGCCGGAGCUUCCAGAAGCAAAACGUAGGCGUUAUGAGAAUAUGGGACUUAGCAUGCAAGAUGUUCUGUUCCUUGCUAAUGACGACAAUGUUGCUCACUUCUUUGAUUCUACUCUUGAGCAUGGUGCUGAUGCAAAGCUGGCUUGCAACUGGAUCAUGGGUGACAUUGCUGCUUAUCUAAAAAAUGAAAAGCUUUCCAUUGAUGAAACUAAAUUAACACCUCUGGAGCUUUCUGAACUUAUCGCAUCCAUCAAGAACGGAAUUAUCAGUGGGAAGAUUGGCAAGGAGAUACUGGUUGAGCUCAUUUCCAAAGGUGGCACAGUUAAGGGUGUGAUAGAGGAGAAAGAUUUGGUUCAGAUAGCAGAUCCAGCAGCAAUCGAGGCAAUGGUAGAUAAAGUAAUUGCUGACAAUCCAAAGCAACUUGAGCAGUACCGUGCUGGGAAAACUAAGUUGCAAGGAUUUUUUGCAGGCCAGGUGAUGAAAGCAUCGAAGGGUAAGGCCAACCCUGUUUUGUUGAAUAAAAUCCUUGGAGAGAAGUUAAAUGCCAAUUAGUUCUUAUUGCCCGCUACAUGGAUUAACGAGCACGAGAUUCGGUGAAAACCCAGAAAAUUAUUUGCCGGCUAGGAAAUCCCUUGUUUGGGUCUGGAAGUUGUUACCUCUACUCCAUUAAAUCAGAAUGUGAUUAGCGCUUUCGUUUCCUUGUGGAUAUUGUAAAAGUCCAGUUCACAAUACGCAUCUUUGUACUUGACUCGCUCAUUUGAAAGGAAGCGUACCCGUUGCAUCUUGUGCAAGCAGCAAACAUAACUGAAGAUUAAAAUUGCAUACGCUUUCCA